CGAUGCUUUGUUUAGAAAACUGGAAUCACCUGAAAUUCUUCAGGAAAAUCAAUAAAAGUAAAACUAUAAAUGACAAACAAGGUCAGAAGUAAGCCUAUACGAGUGUAUUUAUAGAAACAGUCUAACGCUGAGUAACUGAAUUUGAUAAAGAAUCACUUUGCUGUCGAAAUGAGAUAAAACACCUGUUCAAAUUAGCUUUACUUUGAUAGUAUUGAACUGUGUAAAUGACCAUUUAAGUUAAAACUCAAAAUCAUUGGUGAAAACCAAUAAAUGUGUAAGCUUAUCCUACAUGAAAACAUCUAAGAAAUUAUAAUCAAACUCUGUAAUCACUACCAUUGAAUACAAAAGAUACAAUUACUAAGGUAGACAUGGAAAAUAAAUAAUACAGGACAUGUUGAAGGGACUUCUAGAAACAUUACAUUAGAAAAAAUGUUCUUAUUUCACCAUAUUCGUUCGAAUGAACACUAUUUUGGUUGUAAAGAGUAGUAAUUUAUCUUUUUUAACAUCAAUGCAUGUGACAGAUUGUGAAUGAAAAUUUGACUGAAUAAACAUCAAAAUAUUGGAUAGAUGCAAAAUAAAGAAAAUCUGAGAAUUCUGUCAUUCGGCAUAAUCAGUAGUGAAAAGAGGGACUUUAAUUAACUUAUCACUACCCUGGUAACCCCUUUUUAUUUUAUUAUUUAUUUAUUUAUUUAAAAAUAUUUAUACUCCUCCCCUAUUACAUAAUUCUUAAACCACAUUAUCAUUCACACAAUUCCACCACCUGAUCCUCUUAAAUUAUCUUAACUUUUCAAAUUCUAUCUUAUUAUUAUUACGUAACCUAUCUUAUAAUUAUUCAAUUCCAUUAUUAUACCACCCAACCCGAAUUAAUUCCUUUUGACCUCUGACCUGUUCUAGCAUAUAUAUAUAUAUAUAUAUAUAUAUAUAUAUAUAUUUAUAAUUAUUAUUGUAACCCAGUUAUUUACACUCAUGUCAAUUGUUUUCACUAUAUCUCAAUGUAAAAAUUCUAUCACAAUUUUGGUUUGUAAGCAGCUGACGAGAAACCUCGAACUAAUAUGAAUUCAUACUAUUCUGCACCAUUAUUUGUUCUUGCUUUAUUUAAAUUCAUGAAGGGAACCAAUUGCAUGAAAUUUUUAAAAAUCCGUCUCCCUGCUCACAUUUUCAAGUCACUUAACCGGUUGGUGGCAGUUCGUUGCAGAAUAUCGAGAGAAACAACAAGAUUAAAGUUUCUGUUACGUUGCUUGAAUGAUGGCUGCUUUCCUCGUCAUAUUAUUAAAGCUGUCCGUGCUUGUAAAAUACCUCCUUCCUUAAAAAAUCUUCGGCGCGUCACAAAAUCCCAAAUUGAAUGUACCAAGGAACUUAUCUCGAAACUUAAAACAGAAUCACUCGGUUAUGACAAAAUUAUUAUGGAUUUAAACAUUGUAUGUAGAAUCAAACUCAUGAAUUUCAUUCACGAUGUUCAGUCCAAAACCAGUCAUAAAUUCCUAAAGACAUUAACCAAAACACUUGUGAAAGAACAAAAACAUUACGUCUUUUCUACGAACCCAGAAAAAUACGUACAGAAUUUAUCCAGUAAAAAGCUAACUCGAAUUGAAACUGAAGCACUCUCCCUUGGAUUUAAAUUUCACAUUCCGAAAAAAUGCAACAGAAUAGACACUGAAACCCAGUUUGAGUAUUUAUAUCAACAGUUGUCAGAGCUGAAACCCAUGAACGAUGAAAAACAUAGUUGGUUGAGAUCGAAACUAGUUGACAUUACAAACCAGUACAUAAUGACACCAACCCCACAAUCGAAAGUGUUGACUAAAGAUCACCAACUAGCUUUGACAAAACUUGUGAAAGAUGAAACAAUAAUGCUACUUCGUCCAGAUAAAGGUUCCGGUGUAGUCGUUAUUAACAGAGAUGAAUACAUUAGCAAAAUAUGUCUACUUUAAAUGAUUCCACUAGAUUUAUCAUCGAUAAUACCCAGAAAGAUCUAACAGAGAGGACAGAGAAGCGACUUGUAAAUAAACUGAGAGAUCUCCUAAAGAAAAAUCUAAUUGAUAAUCAUACAUAUAAUGAACUUAAACCUAAAGGAUCACAAUUACCGUACUUGUACGGCCUACCCAAAACUCACAAGCCCAAUAUCCCGAUUAGACCAAUAUUAUCCAUGGCUAAUUCACCUUUCCAUAAACUCGCCCGCUGGCUGACAAAGUGCCUUGAACCAAUCCGAAAGAAACUAACACCUUACAGUCUAAAAGAUAGUUUUGAAUUUGUACAGAAACUCGACAACCUAAAUGUUUCCGACAAAUUUAUGGUUUCAUUUGACGUCUCAUCGCUCUUCACAAACAUCCCCUUGGAAGAAACGAUAGAGAUCAUAUGUGGUUAUCCUGAACUUCUACCCCUACCAAUUCAUGAUUUUAAAAAGCUCCUCUUUUUUGUACAAAAACAUACAAUUUCAAUUCAAUAAUGUCUUUUACCGCCAAAUCGAUUGAGUUGCCAUGGGUAGCCCAUUGGGCCCAAUUCUUGCCGAUAUAUUUAUGGGAAACCUAGAACAAAAAUGCUUAAGCACGCAAUCGAUGGUACUACGCUGUAUUGCAGAUAUAUUGAUGACACAUUCCUCGUCUGCAACAAUCACGAACACGCCAUUCAACUACUCGAUCUAUUUAAUAAAGCACACAAGGACAUAGAGUUUACUAUGGAACAAGAAGCCGAAGACAAAUUCCAUUUCCUUGAUGUUGGGAUCCGACGAACAUCUGAUGGUAAAUUACAUAGACAUAUUCACCAUAAAAAUACCUGGUGUGGUAUAUAUCUCAAUUACCAUAGUUUCUGCCCAAUGAGUUACAAAAGGGUAUUGUACGAACCCUUUUUGACCGCGCUCAAAAAUCUGUUCAAAAGAAUACCUUGAUGAUGAAAUUAAUCUGAUUACUAAUGUUCUACGUGAUAAUGAAUACCCAUUGAAAUUUAUCCAGAAAUAUGCAAAAAGCAAUCCUCGUACAAAAUACGAUGGAGUAGAAAGAAAAACCUGCUUCUUACACUUACGUUUCAAAGGUGAUGAAAUUGCUGGAAUAAUUAAUCACAGAAUAAACUCUGCGUUGAAAGUCACCUACCCAGCAGCAAAACUUAUGACAGUAUGGCAAACGAACUGCUCACUUCAACAAACCAAAAUCGACAAGCCCUCUUUCCUUAGUAGCUCCAACUGCAUCUACCAAUUCACAUGUACGUGCCAAAGCACAUACAUUGGAAGAACUGAGAGAAGAGUGCAUGUACGCAUUUCUGAGCAUGUUCCAAAAACUUGAGGCUGCGAGGGAAUAAGGCCUUCAACAGCGCAAUAGCUCGACAUCUACUUGACACCGGGCACACCAUCGAGAUUCCACAUGCUUUCAAAAUUAUCAAUAGACAAAGAAGUACGGCCACCCUCCGUUUUGCUGAAGCCAUCAUGAUCAAAAAACUUAAACCUGACUUAUGCAUCCAAAAAGAGACUUUAAUUAACUUAUCACUACCCUGGUAACCCCUUUUUAUUUUAUUAUUUAUUUAUUUAUUUAAAAAUAUUUAUACUCCUCCCCUAUUACAUAAUUCUUAAACCACAUUAUCAUUCACACAAUUCCACCACCUGAUCCUCUUAAAUUAUCUUAACUUUUCAAAUUCUAUCUUAUUAUUAUUACGUAACCUAUCUUAUAAUUAUUCAAUUCCAUUAUUAUACCACCCAACCCGAAUUAAUUCCUUUUGACCUCUGACCUGUUCUAGCAUAUAUAUAUAUAUAUAUAUAUAUAUUUAUAAUUAUUAUUGUAACCCAGUUAUUUACACUCAUGUCAAUUGUUUUCACUAUAUCUCAAUGUAAAAAUUCUAUCACAAUUUUGGUUUGUAAGCAGCUGACGAGAAACCUCGAACUAAUAUGAAUUCAUACUAUUCUGCACCAUUAUUUGUUCUUGCUUUAUUUAAAUUCAUGAAGGGAACCAAUUGCAUGAAAAGAGGGAUCAAAAUAGAUUCAAUCUGUUAACCAGUUAGAGAAACUGAAGAAUUAUAAAGUCAUGUUUGAGUGAAGAAGAAGAUAACUAUUCUCAGCAUAAUUAUGAAAAACAGUCAAUAGUUUCUCAGUUCAAAACAAAGCGUAAAUCUUUUAUCGGAAAAAAUCAAAUAUUUCACUUCUAUUUCAUUCAUAAACUGAUGAACUUGUCAAGCAAGACAACGGAAACCUCAAAAACAAACCACUCAACAGAUGGAACAUAAAAAAAGUUUAAAAUCCUCCUACUCAACUACAAGUCUUUCCAAUUACAAAUGUGAGAACAAUUAGUCCUUCUACAUUAAUUCUCAAUCAUAAUCUUCAUUGGUGCAUAACACAAUAGAUGUCUGCUCUCUAUUUUUACAUCAUAUUACCAUUACGUACCGAUAAGUGGACUGUUUUCUGAAUACAUUUAACGAGGUUGUGUACACAGUGAAAUAAAAAAAUCUAAUAAAAUGUGUAAUGCACAAUCUUUUGACACUAGAUUUAAUGAAGGGUUAACUUUUUUGAGAAGUGAAAUAAAGAAGCAAAUAAAUAAAGGUGUUUAUAUUGAAUAUUCCCUAGUUAAUUUUUUUCAAGUACAACUGGUUUAUACAAGAAUUCAUGAUUAAAUUUAUGUAUAAAUAUG